AUGCACGAAGGGCGUUUUCCACAUGCCCUGCACCUGACUGCAGUACACAUGGCAGUGACCACCUUCCUGUCCCUGACACUCUACGCCGCCGUGCCCUCUAUAUAUCCAUCUAUGGAGAAGGCCAUCGAGAAUCGAGGCUCUCUCAUUCGAUUCCUGGCACCACUUGGUGCGCUGUUUGCAGUGGCGUUGGCCUGUUCAAACCAGGCUUAUCUCUACUCCAGCGUGGCCUUUCUGCAGUUCUGCAAGCAGGGCAACAUUGCUUUCAUCUUCUUUGCCUCCUGCCUCCUGGGGCUCCAAACCUUCAGCUGGCCGAAGUUGCUUAUCCUGUCCAUCGUGGUCACUGGCUGCUGCAUCUGUGCUCACGGAGAGAUCAAGUUCCAGAUGCUGGGCCUCAUCUUCCAGCUUUCUUCGCAGGUCGCCGAAUCCUCCAAAAACCUCAUUGGCGAGAUCGUGCUGACUGGUGCAGGCCUGAAACUCGAUGUCUUGACUUUUGUCCUGUUCCAGGCGCCCUUCUCGUUCAUCCCGUUGCUGGUCGGCGUUAUUUCGACGUGGUCGCCAGAAAUCUUCACAGAUUUCAUCGGCAUGUGGUGGGUUGUCCUGCUCAACGCCACUCUGGCCUUCUGCCUCAAUGUCCUCAUUGCCCUCACUCUUAAGCGCCUCUCUGCCUUGGCUUUUGUGAUCAUUGGUGUCGUGAAGGAUGUCACCAUUGUGGCCUCGUCCAGCCUGAUAUUUGGUGAUCCGAUUUCGCACCAGCAAUAUCUGGGCUUCACG